UCUGCCUUCGCGGAAUGUGCGACGUGUAAAAUCGUGUAAAUGCAGGUGUGAAGAUGAAAACAGUAAUAAUACGAAUAACAGAACAAUUAGUUAACUUAUUUUUUAGUUAAUAUUAACAAAAUAAUGGGGCUGUGGGGUUAAAGAGCGUCGUUUCAUAGGACAAUAUAAAUUAAAUCUUGUUUAUAUCAUUUGACAUUUAAGAAUAUUAAUUUUUGUGAGCAAAAAUCUGUGAUAAAUAACUAGGAAGUGGCAAUUUGUGAUGUGUAGUGGAUAGUUAAAUAUAUUUCUAAAAAAUGUUAUAUGGAAAACUGAGAAUUCACACCUGCAGAGUGAUACUCCUAACCUCUUUGGUUUGGUUUUUAGUUGAUGUGGUUAUUUUGUCUUUCUAUUCAGAAUGCCUCGGGGGCUCUUGCAAGAAAACGGACGACAUAAAAGCCGAAGCACUAGGUGAUAACUUCGACAAUGACUACGACCAAAAAGAAGACCAAAAUCUACAGCAACACGAAAGAGCAGGGUACAGUAAAAGGGCCGGCGAUACAGGAGGCGGCGUCUCCGCUACAUACAAGCCGGGCGACCUGCGGAGGUGGCGGCCUGCGCCCCCGGUGCUCCCCGCACCCAACGCCGUGGGAGAGAAGGGCAAGGCCGUCCACAUCCCCUCGGAUCAGGAGGCCCUCAUGAAGGAGAAGUUCAAGCUGAACCAGUUCAACCUUAUGGCCAGCGACAUGAUCUCGUUGAACAGGUCGCUGACUGACGUCAGGCUGGAGGGAUGCAAGGACAAAAAGUACCCCAAGCUUUUGCCUACCACAUCCAUUGUGAUAGUAUUCCACAACGAAGCCUGGUCCACCUUGCUGAGGACCGUAUGGAGCGUCAUCAACAGGUCGCCUAGGCCGCUACUGAAAGAAAUCAUUCUCGUCGAUGAUGCCAGCGAAAGAGAGCACCUCGGCAAGGCGUUAGAAAUCUACGUAAAGACACUACCAGUACCUGUGUACGUUUUCAGGACGGUGAAACGUUCAGGCCUAAUCAGAGCCCGACUUUUGGGUGCCAAACACGUUACUGGACAAGUGAUAACCUUCCUCGACGCGCAUUGCGAGUGCACCGAAGGAUGGUUGGAACCGUUAUUAGCUAGGAUAGUAGAAGACAGAAAAACCGUGGUGUGUCCCAUCAUCGACGUGAUAUCAGACGAAACGUUUGAAUAUAUCACCGCUUCUGAUAUGACGUGGGGCGGCUUCAACUGGAAGCUGAACUUUAGAUGGUAUCGAGUGCCUCAGAGAGAAAUGGACAGAAGGAACGGCGACAGAACAGCUCCUCUAAGGACACCAACAAUGGCUGGAGGACUUUUCUCCAUUGACAAGGACUAUUUUUACGAACUCGGGGCCUACGAUGAAGGAAUGGAUAUCUGGGGCGGUGAAAACUUGGAAAUGAGUUUUAGGGUGUGGCAGUGCGGCGGUAAAUUGGAAAUAAUCCCGUGCUCGCACGUCGGGCACGUUUUCAGAGACAAGUCCCCGUACACGUUCCCGGGCGGCGUGUCCAAGAUCGUGCUGCACAACGCGGCCAGGGUGGCGGAGGUGUGGAUGGACGAGUGGAGGGACUUCUAUUACGCGAUGAACCCAGGGGCCAGGAAUGUUCCGGUUGGUGAUAUUUCAGCGAGAAAAGAAUUAAGGGAAAAACUGAAAUGUAAAAGUUUCAGGUGGUAUUUGGAGAAUAUUUACCCAGAGUCUCAAAUGCCGCUAGACUACUACUAUCUUGGAGAUAUUCGAAAUGUAGAGACGAGGAACUGCCUAGACACGAUGGGCAGGAAAUCCGGAGAAAACCUCGGAAUGACUUAUUGCCACCACCUGGGUGGCAAUCAAGUGUUUGCUUACACUAAACGACAGCAAAUUAUGUCGGACGACAAUUGCCUUGACGCAAGCAGUAGGACGGGUCCGGUGAAGCUUGUACGUUGCCACGGGAUGGGCGGUAACCAAGCUUGGGUGUAUGACGAUGUGGAUAAAACAAUCAAACACGUAAAUACUGGGAGCUGUUUGACGAAACCCGACAAUAGCGACGUGAAUUUACCUUUACUGAAGUCGUGUAGCUACAGUGAAGGUCAGCAAUGGAUAAUGGAUAGCGAUUUUAAAUGGCAGGCUAAUAAUCAUCAAGAUGAGAGAUAGGUGUCGCUUAGCCCUUCUCGAAGUCAUGUGAUAUUAAAAAGUUACAGUUGAAUGAAAUUAUUCCUUCGUUCGCUCGGAGGGUUUUUAGUAGGACUUAAAAAGUCGUUUUGAACUUUUUUCAUCCUCUUAUGGUUUUUACAGGGGUUUUAUAAAAAUGCUGUUUUUAAAAUGGGUAUUUUCUUUAAUUAACAGUUACGUGUGUUUAAAAAAAAAUUACUUCAUUUAAUAAAUUAGUACAAAAUAAAUGUAUAAGACUUCUUUAACGAAUUUGAAAGGUUAUUAGUUUUUAUAUUUUGUAUUUAUUUAUUUUGUCUUUAUUUUUGUAACGAAUUUUCUGAUAGUAUUUAUUUUUGCAUUUAUUUAAUCAAAUUUUCCAGCAUUCCAUUUAUAGUGUGUCUUUUUUAAAAGCUAAUGUAAUUAGCACCUCUUCCUAGAGAUAAGACUUUAACCCACUAAGAAAGUUUUUACCGACUGCCAUUUGUACAUAUAGAAUAGUUGAAGACCAAUGGUUAAAUCUACACACUCUUAGUUAGAAACAGAAUUGUUGUAGGAGUAGGAGAGAAGGAAAAUCUAUUAUUUUGCAAUUUGGUAAGAAUCUCUCAAAACAUUUUUUGAUAGAAGUCGAAAGCAUAUCAUUUUAAUAAAGCGAGCCAGCAAUAUCGAACGUGACAGAUCUAUUAACUUGGGUCGAUAUCAUGGAGACUUUCUUCAGAUGAAGCUUUUCUCUUGUUUCCUUUUAGUAAAAUCUUGAUAAUAUAGUCGAACUUCCGAAAGUCAUGUCAGUAAAAGUAGCCCGAAGAAUUUGAGUUUGUUAUAUUUCUUAUUUAGACGUAAUCAGAAUUCAUAAAAAUAUUACAUUUUAGUAACUAAUUCUUAAACGUGGAAGUUUGACUAAUAAAGGAAUACGUAUUUUAUAAUUCCGUUAAAAAAAAAUAUAAAUUUAUAUAACGAUGAUACAAUAAUAGCAGCUAAAAUAUAUUUAGGCCAUCUAAUAAU